CCUGCUUUAAGCCUGCAAGGUCGGAGCCCCACAAUCUCUUGAACUUCCUCCCCCCAACCGGCAUCCCUGCUUCCAUCACCGGCGGUGAUCCUAUGCGACGAUCUUUCGAGUUCGCCGGAGUCAGCUACCCUCCUACGUCGGAGAUGUCUAGGGCAUCAAACGGUGAUCCCGGCGCAACGGAAACAAGGGAGAGGGCGAAUGAGCUGGAGCUGGGUCUGAGUCUCGGCCGCGGCGUAAGAAGGAUCAUUACGGCAGAGGAUUUUCCUUCACUGAGGUCGCGGGAUUCGCCCAUAUCUUCCAAUUCCUCUGUUUCAUCUUCUUCCGGCGGUUUGGGGGAUGAAGCGGAUCAAGGCGAUGGCGGAGGGAGCUAUAGGAGAGCAGAUGCGAUCGGUUAUAACGGAGCUCGAUCGACUAACUCGCUGAGCCACAAUCAAGUUGUGGGAUGGCCUCCAAUCAGAAUAUGCAGAAGGAACAAUUUAGUUAACACAUCUAGAGUUGCCAAUUCUGUUGAAAAAGCUACCACUCACAAGGAAAUUUCUCAAAGUUGCAGCAGCAAUGCUGGCAAGAAAGGCAUUGGGGGUAAUGAUGGUGAAAGAGAAGCCAUUCAUGUUCGGAGAUCUCUCUUUGUUAAGGUGAAUAUGGAUGGAGAUCCUAUAGGACGGAAGGUGGAUCUUCAUACCCAUGUCUCUUAUGAAGCUCUUGCUUUAGCUCUUGAGGCCAUGUUUCACAAACCCACUUUCUCACUCAAUGCUUCUGCUAAUGGAAUGUUCUCGAAACUUUUGAAUGGUUCUUCUGAGUUUUCUCUCAUAUAUGAAGAUGAGGAUGGAGACUGGAUGCUAGUUGGAGAUGUUCCUUGGGGAAUGUUCUUGCGGACUGCCAAGCGACUUAGAAUUAUCAAGACGAUGGAUACCUGUGGCCAUGAUCAAUCAGUCAAUCCAGAGCCCUGGCUAUCUCGUCCGAUAAAGUCCAGUGUUCCACUGUGAAGCUGAGCCGAUGGAGAAGAUCGCAAUUUGCUCGUUUUUUGGCUUCUCUUCCUUCUUCUUUUUCUUUGUUUAAUUUAGAAUUCAGCUGGUCGAGUGUAAAUUUUUCAAGGUCACACGAAUGUUAGAAAAUGGCAGCUUUAUAUAAAUAUAUAUAUAUUGAAACUCU